UAAGCUCAUCAUUUCGUUGUCUCCAUUACUACAAUGUUGAGUGCAUUGUGGUUGUGAGAAACGCACACACAAUACCCCCCUCCCACUCUUUCUCCUCAGUAUGGCAGGCGGAGGUACAGCGGCGAUUGAGGGCGGCGCCACUACUGCGCCCCUCCGCUUAAUUCGCGAAGUCGCCCGGAUCUCCAGCGCCGGCUUCUCGGGGUAUUUUAAGAAAGAUUGUGCAGACUUGGGUCGCAGAGUCGCACUCUUGGCUCAUUUGCUUGAAGAAAUCAGGGAUUCGAAGAAAAUCCAAGAAAAUGUUGAAGUGGGUUCUUCUUCUUCCUUCAGUUCCUGCUUUUCUGAUCUAAUUGUGGCUCUUCAGGCUGCUAAAAGACUGGUGUCUGCUGCUAACAACUUUGACAGUUCCAAGAUUUCUUCUGACGGGGCCACAAAGAAAAUUUACUUUCAAUUUCAAUGUGUGACGUGGAAACUGGAGAAAGCAUUGACUAACUUGCCUUAUGAUGAUUUUGACAUAUCAGAAGAAGUGCAAGAACAGGUUGAAUUAGUCAGGGCACAAUUGCGACGGGCCACUGAAAGAUAUGGUGGGCCUCUGAAUUCAAGCUUAUUAUGUAGGGCACUGUCACAGCCAUUGGAUAAAGAGAUCGAUCUGUUCCAGCCAAGCAAUAGGUUAAGCGGAAGUCUACACGUGGACAGUAUUGGGAGUAUUGAUCUUGAAGUUAGACCAAAACUGGAAGCUCUCUUAGAAGGCAAUGCCUCUGAACACCAUUCUACAGAUGAGGUUAUUAAGAAGAAAGAAAGUUUAAGGAACUCAUCCACGUCACAUGAGAUCAAUGCCCCUAAGGAUCCUGAUAGUGGGAGGAUAAAAAACUUAACCUGCAAAAAUCUAGAGGAGAACAAAAAACUUGAUUCUCCUGUAAUUCCCGACGAUUUCCUCUGUCCUAUAUCCCUUGAACUUAUGAGGGAUCCAGUAAUUGUGGCCACCGGGCAGACCUACGAGAGAUCUUACAUUCAGAGAUGGAUAGACUGUGGCAACACUACGUGCCCAAAAACCCAGCAGAAGCUCCGGCAUCUCACUCUUACGCCGAAUUAUGUUCUAAGAAGUCUAAUAUCGCAAUGGUGUGUGAAACAUAAUGUCGAGCAGCCAAUGGCCUUAAUGAGCGGCAAAAUAAAAAAGAGUGAUGGAUCAUUUCGUGAUGUCUCUGGGGACAUUGCAGCCAUUCAAGCACUUGUGCGUAAGCUCUCGAGCAGAUCCACUGAGGAACGUAGGGCUGCAGUUGCUGAAAUCCGAUCACUGUCCAAGAGAAGUACUGACAACAGAAUCUUGCUUGCCGAGGCAGGAGCAAUUCCCAUUCUUGUUAAUCUAUUAACAUCAGAUGAUGGUCAAAUUCAAGACAAUGCAGUAACUUCAAUUCUCAACUUGUCCAUCUACGACAAUAACAAGGGACUCAUAAUGCUCGCGAAUGCAAUUCCAUCUAUUGUUCAAGUCCUCCGAGCCGGAAGCAUGGAAGCUAAAGAGAAUGCCGCAGCCACCCUCUUUAGUUUGUCCCUCGCAGACGAAAACAAAAUUAUAAUUGGUGCUUCUGGGGCAAUACCAGCUUUAGUGGAUUUACUUCAGAGUGGCAGCUCAAGAGGGAAGAAAGAUGCUGCAACAGCAUUGUUCAACUUGUGUAUAUAUCACGGAAACAAGGGGCGGGCCAUUAGGGCUGGGAUUAUAACUGCGCUACUAAAGAUGCUUACAGAUUCAAGCAGUUGUAUGGUUGAUGAAGCUCUGACCAUUCUUUCGGUUCUUGCAAGCCACCAAGAGGCGAAGGUGGCGAUUGUGAAAGCUAGCACGAUACCCGUCUUGAUGGAUCUUUUGCGGGCAGGUUCACCUCGUAACAAAGAGAAUGCAUCUGCCAUUCUACUUUCCUUGUGCAAAAGAGAUAACGAAAAUCUAGCUUGUCUAAGUCGACUUGGUGCCGUAAUCCCACUUUCUGAGCUUGCUAGAAACGGCACAGAGAGAGCGAAGAGGAAAGCUACAUCAUUGCUGGAGCAUCUUCGCAAGUCGCAACAGCACUGACAGGUUUUUAUUUGCCCUUGGAACGACUCAUUUUUAUCUGUUUGUUAUGUGGAUUUUCAUCUUCUGACAGCCGAAGUUACACGAGUUUUAGGGUGUGCAAAAGAAGAGGGCUAAUUGAAAGCAUGAGAAACCAAGAAGUUCUCAUGUCUUCCAUUGUAUUUAUUUACUUCAUUCUUGAGUGUCCCAGAAAUUUGUUUGACCUGUUUACUACUUUGUAAUUUUAAUUGACUCCACAAAAGGCUGAUUACUUCUCUGAUACACUUGGUGGAAUAUGACAAUGCAUCAAAUCUCUAAGGAGAUGAGAUGUUUUUAACAUUCAUGUAAUAAAACUUGUUUGAAUUUUCACUCA